AUGGAGUUUGCAUCACCCUCCUCGGUGUACUCAGUCACAGGUGGAAGAAGUCAGUCCGUCUAUGCCACCCAUAUUGCUCAAUCCACAAAAAUGGGAGGUAACAAUGCAAAAACAACCCUAUCGUCGGGAAUGAACACUCACCUAAGGUCUCCCCUUAAUGCUGGAACCCUUCAUUCUGUGUACGGAACUCCCUAUUCAUCUCGUGGUGGUUUUGAUGACGAAGACCUAUGCUCACCUCAACUUCCAAUCUCUUCGGAGAAGAAAUCAACAUGCGUUUCGCCCAAAAUGAAGUAUACUUUGGACAAAGAAAACAAACCUCCCUCCAAAACCACUCUUUCUCAUAACAAUGAAAAAGGAAAGUUAGAUUAUGAGAUUGCUUGGAGAGAUGAAAAGAUUAAAUUGUUGGAACAGGAACGAUGUAAUCUGAAUUCUAAAAUUGAAGAUUAUGCAAAACAAAAUUUAAAUUUGAGAGAAGAAUUACGAAAAUUGCAAACGAACACACCCAAUUCUGCUGACGAGUUAAUACAAAUGCGACAUGAACGAGAUUCGAUCCAAGAAUAUGCUGAACAAAUAAGGCAACAAAAAAACAAUUUACAAGAACAGCUCAACCUGAUCAAGCAAGGAAGCAGCACUGUUGAAAAGGAAUUAGAAAGAAGAGGUCAUGUUGUUCAAACGCAAGAAAACCAAAUUAAGGAAAUGUCAACACAGCUCGAGUACUAUCGACAUCUGUCGGAGCAACUUCAAGCGGAAAAAGAAAAAAUGCAACAAGACAUGAUAGAAUCACAAACAAGCUUACAAACCAAGAUUGCAGAAUAUGAAGAACUAAAUGGAGUUCAGGAAGAGUUAUUGAGAGCGAUAACAGAAGAAAAAAAGAAGGCGUCAGAUCUGAUAAAGUCACAAGCAAGUGACAAGUCACAAAUUGAAAAACUGAAGAAGGAAAAUGAAAGAUUGGAACUAUUAGUGGAUAAGUUGCAGUCUGACAUGAAAAGAGACCAUCAAGAAAUCUAUAAUCAAAAAAUUCUUUUUAAUUCAACGAUUGAAGAUACCCAGAGGAAGCUGCAGGAUGAGAUUGCUAAAGUAAACAAGAUGUAUGAAGAAGCACGAAAAGAGAUUGAAAUGAAAGACAGUAUCCUCUCUAGCCAACAACAGGCAAGUCAACAGAAAAUCUUGUCUCUAACCGAUCAAAUACGGGAUCAAAUGGAUAAAUAUGAUAGAAACAUCACUUUGCUCAAACAGGAGGAAAGCAACGAGAAAAAGAGACAUAAUACACAAGUUUCUAAACUUAAAAAGGAAUUACACUCAAGUAUGGAAAUGAUCAAGAUGCUCAAGGAAGCCAACAAAAAUUUGGAAGACAACUUCAAUCAACACCAAAAAAUCAUACAAGCUUUGGAAGAGAGGUUGGAAAAGGAGAAACAAGAAAAAGAAGAGCUCAACGAGAAUUUGGAUAUCCUCAAAAACAAACUGCCAAAAAUGUUGCACCUUCUUGAGGAGUAA